UUUCCCGCCAGCGGCGCGCGCGGGCCGUUACCGCGUCCGCGCGCUCCCGUGAGGCGAUGAGGAGGAGCCUGGCCCCCAGCCAGCUGGCCAAGAGGAAGGCGGGCGAUGAAGAUGAGGAAGAAGAGGAGGAGGACUGGCGGCCCCCGACGGGCCGCAAGAGGCAGAAGGCAGCUGCUGAGGCAGAGAGUGGGGAGUGUUACCGCUCGCCUUUCCGCAAGCCCUUGGCCCCGCUGACCAACAGACCCCACUGCCUGGACAGCAGCCAGCACGAGGCUUUUAUCCGCAGUAUUUUGUCCAAACCCUUCAAAGUCCCCAUUCCAAAUUAUAAAGGGCCCCUGGGCUUGCGCUCCCUGGGAGUCAAACGGGCAGGAGUGAGGGGUCCUCUCCAUGACCCAUUUGAGGAGGGAGCUCUGGUUCUGUACGAGCCCCCCGUGCUGAGUGCCCAUGACCAGCUGAAAAUAGACAAGGACAAGGCACCUGUCCAUGUUGUGGUGGAUCCUGUCCUCAGCCGUGUUUUACGACCCCAUCAGAGAGAAGGGGUGAAAUUCCUCUGGGACUGUGUGACGAGCCGGCGGAUCCCUGGGAGCCAUGGCUGCAUCAUGGCAGACGAGAUGGGGCUGGGCAAAACUCUGCAGUGCAUCACACUCAUGUGGACGCUGCUCCGGCAGAGCCCGGACUGCAAGCCCGAAAUCGAGAAAGCCGUGGUGGUGUCUCCCUCCAGCCUGGUGAGAAACUGGUACAAUGAAGUAGAGAAAUGGCUGGGGGGAAGGAUCCAGCCACUGGCCAUUGAUGGAGGCUCCAAAGAAGAGAUUGACCGUAAACUAGCUGGCUUUAUGAACCAGCAUGGCCGGCGAGUGCCCUCACCCAUCCUGAUAAUCUCCUACGAGACCUUCCGACUGCACGCCGAGGUGCUGCAGAAGGGCACUGUGGGGCUGGUCAUCUGUGAUGAGGGCCACAGACUGAAGAACUCUGAAAACCAAACCUACCAGGCUCUCAACAGCUUAAACACGCCUCGACGAGUCCUUAUCUCAGGCACCCCUAUUCAGAAUGACCUGCUGGAGUAUUUCAGCCUGGUGCACUUUGUCAAUUCAGGCAUCCUGGGAACUGCACAGGAAUUUAAAAGACAUUUUGAAAUGCCCAUCUUGAAAGGAAGAGAUGCAGAUGCAAGUGAAGCUGAGCGACACAAGGGAGAAGAGAGGCUUAAAGAGCUAAUCAGUAUUGUGAACAGGUGUUUAAUUAGGAGAACUUCAGACAUCCUGUCCAAAUACCUGCCAGUGAAGAUUGAACAGGUGGUCUGCUGCAGACUGACACCUCUGCAGACUGAGCUGUACAAGAACUUCCUGAAGCAAGCCAAGCCAGUGGAGGAGCUGAAGGAGGGCAAAAUCAGUGUUUCAUCUCUCUCUUCCAUCACGUCCUUGAAGAAGCUCUGUAAUCAUCCUGCUCUUAUCUAUGAUAAGUGUGUGGAAGAGGAAGAAGGAUUUAUUGGAGCCCUGGGCUUGUUCCCUUCUGGCUACAGCACCAAAUCUGUGGAGCCCCAACUUUCAGGAAAGAUGCUGGUUUUGGAUUACAUCCUUGCUGUUACCAAAAGCACCAGUAAUGACAAAGUUGUUUUAGUGUCUAACUACACUCAGACACUGGAUCUAUUUGAAAAGCUCUGCCGGAGCAGAAGGUAUCUGUACGUGAGGCUGGACGGCACCAUGUCCAUUAAAAAGAGAGCGAAGAUCGUGGAGCGGUUCAACAGCCCCUCGAGCCCUGAGUUCAUCUUCAUGUUGAGCAGCAAAGCAGGUGGCUGUGGUUUGAACCUGAUUGGGGCCAACAGGCUGGUGAUGUUUGACCCUGACUGGAACCCGGCCAACGACGAGCAGGCCAUGGCUCGGGUGUGGAGGGACGGCCAGAAGAAGAUGUGCUACAUCUACCGCCUGCUCUCGACAGGGACCAUAGAGGAGAAGAUAUUCCAGCGCCAGACCCACAAGAAGGCCCUGAGCAGCUGCGUGGUGGAUGAGGAGCAGGAUGUAGAAAGGCAUUUCUCCCUUGGGGAGCUGAAGGAGCUCUUCACACUGAAUGAGACCACCACCAGUGACACCCAUGACAAGAUCAAGUGUCGGCGCUGUGUGAACGGGCACCAGGUGCGGCCCCCUCCGGAGGGCUCCGACUGCACGUCGGACCUGUCGCAGUGGCAGCACUGCGCGGACAGGCGCGGCCUGCAGGACCCCGUGCUGAGGGCGGCUUGGGAGGCUGCUGUCACCUUCACCUUCCAUCACCACUCCCACGAGGAGCAGCGAGGGAUUCCCUGACAGGUUACUGUCCCCUGUGGGGACAAGGGCAGGCUCUGUGGCAGCCUGCCCCACUUGGAUCCCUUUCUAGGAAAGGGCGGUGGGCAGCUGUGCGUGCUGGACUCUGGUGUGGCUGUGGGAUACAGAACAGCGUGGCUCUGGAGUGGCUGCAAGGCCCUUGGCAGUGUUCAGUCUGCUGCAGCAAGGGGUCCGUGGCUUUUUCUUUGCUGUUGAAUUGUGUGCCUGAAAAACAGCCCCUUGGGAACUGGGAAUAAUGGGACCUUGCAUGCUUGAUCACAUUUAGCACUGGUUCUCCUGCCUUUGGCAUUUGUGCCUUCUACUCAGCCAGAUUUUGUCUUCAGGGUUAAGUUGAGCCAGGAGUUUUUUAGCACUUGAUGUGCA